CGCGGAAUGAUCAACAAAGGUAAUUUGUGCUUCGCAAACGCAAUCUUGCAAACUUUGGUCUACUGUGCGCCAUUCUACAACUUAUUUCGUGUAUUAGGACAAACUGUUCCGCACGAUUUGCACAACAGCACCCCUCUGAUGGAAGCUGUGAUUCAAUUCUUAUCCGAAUUUAAAAUCAUACCUGCGGAAGUGCAAAAGAAUUUCGCUUCUGAACCAUUUGUUCCUGAACAAUUGUAUGAAGCGAUGAAGUUGAAUAAGCGCUUUGACACAAUGAGAAGAGGACAUCAAGAAGAUGCGGAAGAAUUCCUUGGCUUCAUCCUUGAUACUCUGCACGAAGAAUUACAAAGUACGAUUCAAAAAGCUGAAGCAAGAGAGCGAAAGGCACAAGGCAAGACUGACAAAGAAGGUCAAGUGGCCGAGCAAACCAAUGGAGGACUUGAAGAAGAGGAAGAGAGGGUGGUAAAUCGUCCAGUCAGUCCAAGCGAAGGAGAUGGAUGGCUUGAGGUUGGACAAAAGGGUAAGACUAGUUUCACAAGAACGACCUCUACCUCUCAUUCUCCUAUCACACGCAUCUUUGGAGGAAAGUUGAGAAGUGUGCUAAGGACGCCGGGUUCAAAGGACAGUGUAACACUCGAGCCUUAUCAACCUUUGCAACUGGAUAUCCAGCCUUCGCAUGUUUCCACGGUGGAAGAGGCUUUGGAGAACCUUACCAGACCGGAAACGAUUUCGGGUGUAUUGUCUUCAACGCGAACGCUGGUGGAUGCUACCAAGCAAGUGUUCAUCGAAACACUUCCUCCUAUCCUGGUUCUUCAUUUGAAGAGAUUUUAUUAUGACGACGUAGGAGGGGUACAAAAGAGUUCAAAAGUGUUAGGAUAUGGAUCUAGUUUGGAGAUUUCCGAAAGUGUCAUUAGCCCCGCUCGGCGUGGAGAAGCACAACGUCGUUACAAGCUCUUUGGCGUUGUUUAUCAUCACGGUCGAUUUGCAAGCGGAGGACAUUACACUGUUGAUGUCUUGCGUCAAGACCGUAGCGAAUGGAUUCAUAUCGAUGAUACAACCUGGUCGAUCGCAUCAACGCCACAAGCUAAAGCAUCACAU